AUGGAGAACAAAUUUAAAGCAGCAAUUGACAAAAUUGUCAGCAGUAAAAAGAGAGGUGACAAUAUAUUUUAUUUUAGUUUUGAAGAAUACAACAACAAGAUUCAAAAAAUAAAAGAAUUAAAAAUUGGAACACUAAAAAAAACGGUAACGAAUAAAAGACUUAUACGUAAAUAUGAUGUUGUGUCAAUUGGGGGAAAAGAAAAAUUGAUUAAACCUAUAGUUGAUAAUGAAUCUGACGUUUUAUAUUACGUCACAGUAGACGAGUUGUUUGAAGUAAUUCAUGCCGCACAUUUAUCAGUAGGGCAUGGUGGUAGAAAUAGGAUGAUGGCUGUGUUAAAAACAAAAUAUUGUAAUGUGACAACGGAGGCAGUUAUGGCAUAUUUAGGUUUAUGCAGUAAUUGUCAAGUAAAACAAUCAAAUCCGAAAAGAGGGCUUGUGACAAAACCAAUUCUACAUUCCGCAUUUAAUUCAAGAGCGCAAAUUGAUUUGAUUGACAUGCAAUCUCAAAACUAUAAUAAUUAUCGCUAUAUAAUGAAUUAUCAAGAUCAUUUAACGAAAUUUGUUAUUUUAAAACCUCUGAAGACAAAAAGGGCCGAAGAAAUCGCUUUAAAUUUGAUAGAUAUUUAUACAAUAUUUGGUGCACCCGCUAUACUCCACUCGGAUAAUGGUCGUGAGUUUGUUAAUUCUAUUAUAACAAAUUUAAAUGAAAUGUGGGGAGACAUCAAAAUUGUGCAUGGCAAGCCUCGUCAUAGCCAGACCCAAGGAUCAAUUGAACGCGCGAAUAGGGACGUUGAAGAAAUUUUGGCUUCUUGGAUGACUGAUAAUAAAUCAAGACUGGCCAAUGGUAUUGGAAGAUCACCAUACGAGGCGAUGUUUGGUUGUACAGCGAGAACAGGGUUAGCUUCAGUAGGGAUACCUUACGAUGAAAUAGAAAAACUUAAGUCAGAAGAGGAUAUUGAAGAACUAUUUAAUAACAGCAACCAUUCAGAUCAUAUUAAUGCAGUAGAAGACGAUUUAGUCAGUGUUGGAGAUCUUGAAAAUGAAGUAAACUUGGAGACUGAAAAUGAUUUAAGAAAUACUAAAGACAUAGAUAAAAGGAUUGAAAAAAUUAAAGACCAACGACAAAAAUCGGUUAUCUGUCUUGAAAAACAAGCGUCAAAAAUGUUGAGAUUGACUAACGAAAAAUUUUCAAAGCUUGAUGUCGGUACAACUGUUCGUGUCCCAAUACCAGAUGUCGAUAGAGCACGAGGUUCUCCGCUAAAAGUAGCGAUCCGGAACCACCGCAACAUGUUGCGGCAGGCCGCGGGAAUUUCCAGCUGUACCGCGUCGUGUGGACGAUUGUAUUUAUAA